GCUUUUUCAAUCUUACCAGAUCCUAUAAUGUAAAUGGCUUUAAAUUCGUCUAAGGAGCAGAUUCAACUCUUAUCAACACAAUCAAUCUACUGACAGAAGCUGCAAAUGCAAAAGUUUCUGAAGAAUCCAUUAAAUUAAGCUUCCCUCCAAAUCGUCCCUUUCCAAAAGAAGAAAAUGGAGUGGCCUCCUGCCGGAUAUUCUAAUUUUAACCAGCUUAAAUUUGUAGAUGAAGAAGAAGAACAAGCUGGUUCAAUCUCAUCUGAAGCUUCAAGUAUUGGCUCAUUAGAAUCUGAUUUUGAAGAAGCUGCAAAUUCUCCUUCUUCGUCUCCAAAAUCCACAGAGCCUUUGCAGGAUAUGUCUUCUCUUCUUCAACAACUUCCUUGUUCCAAUAGAGGGCUAUCGAAGCACUACCAGGGGAAAUCACAGUCGUUUACAUGUUUAAAAGAGGUGACAUGUUUAGAAGAUCUUGCAAAGCCUGAGAAUCCGUACAAUAAGAAGUUGAAGUCUUCCAGAAGCUAUGCAGCCAUCUGCAACAAUCAACCAACCAAGUCAUCAUGUUCAAAAAGAAAUAAUAACAGGCCGCCUAUCCAGCAUCCUCACAGAUCUGCAAGCACAAAUGCCUUUUCCAAUCAUACUGCUUUGUUUGCUUAAUGAUGUAAUUUUGAUUUUAUUUAAUUAAUCUAUUCUAUGUUUUGAAACCGGGGUGUAGCAACACCACUAUCAAUAUUGACAUUAUUUUAAUCCUUGUAAUUUCCUUGGUUUCAAGCAGAAUGGCUUAGAACUAUAUACGUAUAUAUUAGUUUUA